AUGUCGUUAUUCCACUCUCCAGUCAAGACAACGAAUACAAGUACCAGCAACGAGAGCACUCAGGAUGCCACCACGAGCGACAGCCAACCAAGUAUCUCUCCAUCGCUUACCACCCACGUUAAUUCGGGUUCAUUACCGAGCACUUCGUCAAACACGAUUUUUGACUACGUAGAGGUAACAAAUAUGGCAACCGGCUUUGGCCAGCAACCCAACGGUACGGCAAACGCCUUUCAAGAUGGCUUUCGCCAACCACCUGGUACCACAGCGGGAGGCUUUGACUUCAGUGGAGUGAGCCAGCGAUCAAAUUUUCCAACUUCAACUUCGUACUUCUGGCCCUCAAGCACCACUAGCACCAUUACCAACUACACUGGUGCCACCAACAAAAACAAGCCCUCAGACGGCCAGCGACGAGCGCCUAAUGCCGAUCAAAUCCUGGAAUCGAUCAACCAGAAGAUUGACAGCAAGAUGGAUGAAUUUAAAAGGUAUAUGGAGGAAUGCUUCGCCUCGUGGUCGCAGAAGCAACCCACGAUCACGUCAUUGAAAACAAGGCUCUGGACGCCCAACGUCUUCGGCAACAUUCCCUCAACUGGUCACACCUUUCAGCCUCUCCUGCCUUUUGCUUCACGUAGAAAUUCAGGAGCAGACUUCCAACAACGAAAUCAGUUUCAAGGAAACUCUAUGCUUGGACAGCCACACUGCCUUCCAACGGCACCAAGCACCAAGCAUCUACAAUUCUGGAACUUCCACAAACACGAUCCUCAAGGAUGGUUCAAGCAAUUGGAAGAUCUGUUCUUGACUCACAACGUCCAUGACGACGAAGCCAAAUUCAACUUCGUCGGCACACGCUUGAGUCAAGACAUUCAUCACGAGCUCCAGUACAAGAUGAACACUCUUGUUAGAGGCUGCAAAUAUGAGGAACUAAAAAAAAUUCUCACGGAUAAAUAUGCUGAGACUCCGGAGCAACAAUUAGACAGGCUUUUCAAAGGUCUGGAAAUUGGUUGUAAGCGACCAUCAGACUUCCUCGCUGAAUUGCUCAGCCUAGCGCAGGACCGAGUGCCCAGAGAUACAGUAAUUUCGCUCUGGAAAAGCCGUCUUCCAGCACAAAUACGACUGAUGGUUUGGAACUACAAGGAAGAAGCAGAACUUGUCAAAAGCGCAGAUAUGGCCUUCGACAUCCUUCAACAGUCACACAACAUCAGUGCUUUGAAGGACAAUAACCAGCCUGCCGCCUACCCGGUCGACAAGUUCGAACAACUAUUAGCUACACUUCAGAAGACAAUCAAUCCUGAACGGCAAGGUCGUUCUAGGCCAAACAAGCGUCACAACAGGUCUCGUACUAAUUCAAAGAAUAGACGCGAUUCGACUUCGGGCAGAUCAAAAUCCAAGCCGCGCUAUUCCAAAAACACAAACUUUUGCACCUUCCAUCGGAAAUUUGGCAAGGAAGCGCGAAAACUAAAGAAUCCUGCUAUCGAGGAGAUUGACAGCCGGUCCAACCUCACCGCACGUCUCCACGUGAGAGACAAUCUCUCAAAUGAAGUCUUCCUGAUAGACACCGGCGCGGACAUUUCCGUAGUCCCCAAGCCAGACAAUUGGCAAGGUAAGCCAGCUGACCUCAAGCUCUAUGCGGCCAAUGGCUCUACUAUCAACAUUUAUGGCGUCAAACGUCGCGAGUUGGACGUUGGCCUACCAUACAAAAUCGCUUGGAACUUCACCAUAGCGGAUGUUCCGCAUUCAAUCACAGGAGCCGAUCUCCUGAAGCAUUACCAUCUUCUGCUAGAUCUCAAGCUCAAGAGACUGGUAGAUGGAAAUCAUUUUACGCACGCUCCCGCUAUCGUCAAGUCAGUGCAGCCAGUGCAAAUUUCCUUUUUGGCUCCGAACCAUAAAUACGCACACAUCGUGAACAAAUAUCCCCAAGUCUUUGGCCCUGACCAGUUCAGAACGGUCAAGAAAAGGGGAGUUUUUCACCACAUUGUCACCAAGGGCCAGCCAGUCUCGCAGCGAGCCCGUCCUCUCGCUUCAGCGAAGCUCAAGGCAGCAGAGCAGGAAUUUCGGAAAUGGUGCGAGCUGGGCAUCUGCCGGCCUUCCAACAGUGCAUGGGCCAGUCCACUUCACAUAGCGCCGAAGAAAAACAACCAAUGGCGUCCUUGCGGCGACUUUCGCAAAUUAAAUCUAAUCACAGUCCCGGAUCGUUACCCGAUUCCGCACAUGCAUGACUGCAUGACCUUCUGCCACGGCAAGAAAAUUUUCUCGGCCCUAGACCUACGCCAAGCCUACCAUCAAAUCCCGGUAGCACCAGAAGAUGUGCCCAAGACGGCAAUAAUUACACCUUUUGGACUUUAUGAAUUCCUAGUUAUGACUUUUGGCUUUCGAAAUGCCUCACAAACCUUCCAGCGUUAUAUUCACUCGGCGUUGGGAGACCUAGACUUUGUCUUCGUCUACUUAGACGACAUUCUUAUCGCUUUCACGUCUGAAGAAGAGCACCAGAAGCACUUAGAUAUAGUGCUCAAUCGCCUCAACGAGUACGAGCUGCAGGUAAACCUGGAGAAAUGCAGUCUCGGGGUUUCAGAACUCGUUUUCCUGGGUCACCUCAUCACGCCUAACGGUUUCAAACCUAACCCAGAGAAAGUUAAGGCGAUUCAAGAAUUUCCAUUACCACGGACCAUCGAUGAAUUAAGAAGAUUCUUAGGUCUUGUGAACAGCUAUAGGCGUUUACUCGCGCACGCUGCCGAGACACAACGCCCUCUUAAUGAAUUCUUGAAAGGUGCCAAGAAGAAAGACAAACACCCAGUUCCCUGGACUCCGGAAGCUGAGGCUGCUUUCCGCAAAUGCAAAGAGGAUCUCAUCAACUUAGCUUUCACAGCUUUUCCCAGUGAAAACGCUGAACUGCGCCUCAUCACAGAUGCUUCCGAUACCGCAAUGGGAGCGGCCCUCGAGCAACGCUCGGAUGAUGCCUGGCAACCCUUGGCAUUCUUCUCGCAGAAGUUCUCUCCUGCGCAAAUGAAAUACGCCACUUAUGACAGGGAACUAACGGCAAUUUAUGAAGCAAUUCGUUACUUCCAUCACUACCUUGAAGGAGCAGAAUUUAAAAUUCAUACGGAUCACAAGCCUUUGAUCUACGCUCUUCAGCAGAGCCACGACAAAAUGCCAGCAAUUCGCUCACGCAGAUUGUCAUAUAUCGCCCAGUAUAACACGGAGAUUCUUUAUCUCCCAGGGGAGGAGAAUGACGUUGCUGACGCACUGUCAAGAAUCAACGCUUUCACAUCUCCUGCAUUUUUCAACUGGAGCGAUCCUGAACUCUUGGCUGAUCCACAAGUCAGGGAAGUCCUCGCUAACAUCAACGCUUUCAAGCUGCCAACACUGUUCGACGCUAAACAACUCAGCGAGGAACAGGGAAAGGACGAAGAGCUAAAAGAAAUUCUGCAAACGCCGGACCACCCCUUAAAGCUGCGCAAACUUACGUGGGGAUCCGCGCACGCAGCAUUUUACUGCGACAUCUACGAGGACGUCAUUCGUCCAUACCUUCCCAAGAAAUUGAGAAAGGAAGUUUUUAACAACUUUCACUCACCCUCGCAUCCUGGAGUCAAAGUCACAACCCGACUCAUCCACCAGCAGUAUGUGUGGCCGAACAUGAGUCGCGACAUCGCCUCUUGGUGCAAAGCGUGCACAGCAUGUCAGCAAUCUAAAGUGACCAAACACAAUAAGUUUUUGCCCAGGCAUUUCAAUGCUCCAGAUGCUAGAUUCGAUCACGUCCAUUUGGAUCUCGUAGGCCCCUUCGCCCACAGCAACGGCUACACGCAUCUCCUCACCAUCAUCGAUCGCUACGAGAUGGCCAGAGGCAAUACCAAUUACAGAUACCACUGCGGCUACGGUAGCUCGUGCUUUUCAUGA